AUGUCUUCUACUAAUAAAGAAGGUCGUCGAUUGCGUACACAAGCGAAAAAGAAUUAUAAUGAUGAAGAUGAUGAUAUUCUUCUUGAAGAAGUAUUAGAAAAUGAACAAAAAUGGAAUAUUGAACAAAAAUUUGCUGCUUCGAAUAAUUAUCAAGGCAAAUUUGUUGAAGAACUCACAGCUGAUGAGUUCAAUUUAUCUUAUAUUCAACGUACCGGUUUUCCAAAUCCAGUUGUUAUAAAACAACAUCGUGGUUUGGGUCUUCGUGUUCCCACAUCUCGAUUUACAGUUCACGAUGUUCGUUUAUGUAUUGGUUCAAAACGUAUCAUUGAUGUUGUUAAUGUUGAAACUCAAGAAUCACUACAAAUGACAAUGAAAUCAUGGACAGAUUAUUAUGAUCAACCAUCAGACAAACGUUCUAGAUUACUAAAUGUUAUUUCUUUAGAAUUUAGUCAUACAGCACUUGAAAGAUAUGUUGAAUCACCAUCAAUUGUGCGUGAAAUUGAUUGGAUUACAAAUACUUGGCCUAAAUAUUGGCUAGAAAUGCAAGCACAAUAUCAAAAUAAUCUCAAACAAGAACAUAUGUAUUAUCCCAAAACUCGAAAAUAUGUUCUUAUGUCAGUUGCAAAAUGUUUCACUGAUUUUCAUAUUGACAUGGGUGGAUCAUCUGUUUGGUAUCAUGUAUUAAAAGGAAAGAAAGUAUUUUGGUUAUUACCACCUACAGAAUCUCAUCUACGUUUAUAUGAAGAAUGGAUUUUAUCUGGACGACAACAUGAAUGUUUUUUUGCUGAUGUAGUUGCUUCAAAUGAUUGUCAAAUGAUUAUUCUUGAACCUGGUUGGACAUUUUUUUUACCAUCAGGUUGGAUACAUGCUGUAUAUACACCCGAAGAUUCUCUUGUAUUUGGUGGAAAUUUUUUGAAUUCUUUUAAAAUUCCAAUGCAAAUUCAAAUUUGGACAAUCGAAAGAAAAAUUCGUGUACCAGAUCGUUUUCGAUAUCCAUAUUUUAUUGAAAGUAUGUGGUAUGUCAUUGAACGUUAUGUACAUUGUUUAACUGGCAUUACACAUAUUGCUGAUGAUUGUUUGGAAUACGCACAAAAGGAACAAGAAACAGAUGGAAUCAAUCAAACAAUACCAAUCAAUCCUUCAGAUCUGAAACCUUGUCGAACAAGUCGAUUGCUGCUAGUGAACAAUAAUAAUAAUAAUAAUAAUAUUGAACAAAUUCAUCAACAUUUGACUCAAUUUGAACUAGACGGUUUGCAAACAUUAUGUUCUCUCUUACGCAAAUUAAAAGACAAAUCGAUCUCGGAAGAUCUUGUUCAACCACAACAACUGUUGGAAUCAAUGGAGCGUCUUCUUAUUGAUCAUGCUUCUGAUGAUCGUCAAUUAUCAAUAACUGGUCAAUCGAUAAUUCAUUACAACUAUAAUCAUCACUAUUCUUUCGAUUCAACUAACAAUCAAAGUGAAACGGAGACUUUUCAAGGUAUAAAACGUAAAAAUCCUGUUAAUAACGAUAUGCAACAACCAUCAUUUCAUCAUCUUCAUCCUUCUCAUCAACAUGAUACAUUAUCAAUGCAACAGCCAACUUCCAAUGUUGUUACAUUACAUCCAUCAACAACUGUUCUAUUAAGUGGACCAUUAGCUAGUUCAAAUUCACCAAAUUAUUAUUCUCCUCAACAACAACAACCACAACAACAACAACAACAACAACAACAGCAACAGCAACAGCAACAACAUUAUGUUAAUAAUUAUAAUCAAUAUAAUCCAACAACAUCUCCAACUCAACAACAUUAUCAAACAGAUAAAAAUAGUUCAACUGCAAAAGAUCGACAUAAACGUGUUCGUUGUAAACAAUGUGAACCAUGUUGUCGAGAUGAUUGUUCCGAAUGUGUACAUUGUAAAGAUAUGCCUAAAUUUGGUGGAGUUGGAAAAAUGAAACAAUGUUGUUUAACAAAACAAUGUAUUGCACCAAUAUUACCUUCAACAGCAUCAUGUCAAGUUUGUUCGAAAAAAAAAGGUUCCAGAAAAUUAUCACAACUUAAACCAGAAGAAAUUCUUUAUGAAUGUGAACGUUGUAUGGAAAUUCAUCAUUUACCAUGUUUUCAUUCUACUCAUUCGGAUGCAAAUGCAAGUGAAGGUGUAUUUAGUGAUGAUAUACCUGAAACAUGGUUGUGUCCAAAAUGUAUAACAGCUAAUGCACCUGAACCUCCCUUGUACAAAUUACGACCUAUUGUUCGACGAACAUUAGUUACAACGAAUAAAGGUAAAAAUGGACUUAUUGAAUUACCUUAUAUUGAUCCUGCUCAACAACAACAUCGUCAAAUUUUACAACAACAGCAACAACAACAGCAGCAGCAACACCAACAGCAACAGCAACAUUAUCAUAUGUAUGGAACGAAUACCAAUUCGAAUAUACAUUAUACAGAUCCUUAUGAAGUAAUGGAGAAUGAAGCAAAAAAACGUCGUCUUUAUGCGAGUAUGUAUACAACAAAUGGAAAUAGUGAUUCAUCUGGAAUAACGACUACUGAUCCACCAUUAUCUAUGAAUAAUAAUAAUCUUGUUGCUCUUGAUGAUCUGUCACAAUCAUUGAAUGAUUCAGAUUUAUAUAUUCCACAGAUGUUUGCUGUUUAA